AUGACUUUGCUUUUUUAUGUUCAUUGUUUUGCUCAUCAACUUCAACUAGCUCUGGUAGCUGUGGCAAAGAAACAUUCAGAAAUUGCAGAUUUAUUUACUAUGGUUUCUAAUGUGGUGAAUGUUGUGGGUGCAUCCGCUAAGCGUCGUGAUAUGCUGAGAGAAAAGCAUGCUGAUGCAAUUUUUGAAGCACUCAAUAAUAAUGAGCUCUUAAGUGGGCAAGGCCUGAAUCAAGAAACUAAUCUUAAGCGGUCUAGUGAUACACGAUGGAGCUCUCAUUAUAAUUGUUUAAUCAGUUUGGAAAACAUGUUCCCGUCUGUGAUAGAUGUGCUUAAGAUUGUAAGAACAGAUGGAUCAGGUUACGAACAAAAAUUUGAAGCAAAGGUUCUAUUGACUUUUAUGCAAUCAUUCAACUUCAUUUUUGGUCUACACUUGAUGAAAAGAAUUUUGGGAAUCACAAACGACUUGUCUCAGGCAUUACAAAAGAAAGAUCAAGAUAUUGUGAAUGCCAUGGACUUGGUCAAAAUAUGUAAAGGAAGAUUGCAAAGCAUGAGAGAUAAUGGUUGGGAUUCUUUACUUGAUCAAGUUUCUUUCUUUUGUGGCAAGUAUCAUAUUGAAAUUCCUAAAAUGGAUGAUAUUUUUUCCAGUGGAGGGAGACCAAAGCGUAAAGCUCAGCCUAUCACAAACUUACAUCAUUAUCGUGUUGAUUUAUUCGUUGAUGUCAUUGAUAUUCAGCUCCGAGAGUUAAAUGAUCGGUUCAAUGAGAAGAAUACUGAAUUACUUCUUUGUAUGGCAUGCUUGAGUCCAAGUAAUUCAUUCUCUGCUUUUGAUAAAGCAAAGUUGAUGCGACUUGCCCAAUUUUAUCAAAGAGAUUUUUCUGAGCAUGACCUCAAAUUACUUGAAGAUCAACUUGAGAAUUACAUUUGGGACGUGAGCUCUAACAAUCAAUUUACAGAAUUGAAAGGGAUUACUGAUCUUGCUCAAAAGAUGGUUGAGACAAAUAAAGAUAAGAUCUAUCCUUUAGUGUACUUGCUUCUGACACUAGCACUAAUCCUACCUGUUGCGACCGCAAGUGUAGAGCGAGUAUUUUCUGCUAUGAAUAUUGUGAAGAAUCGGUUACGCAAUCGAAUAGGGGAUUUGUGGAUGAAUGAUUGCUUGGUUGCAUAUAUUGAGAAAGACAUUUUUAAUAGUAUAGAUGACGAGGUUGUUAUGCAACGAUUUCAAAAUAUGAAAACUCGUCGAGGACAAUUAUGA